UAAAGAUCACCUUUCUGGAUACCUGAGGCUCAGACUGCAGCAUGCAACAACCAGGCAGGCUGAGGCUGAGGCCGUGGCUGGAGGAGCAGAUUCAUUCUGGGAAGUAUCCAGGAGUCAGCUGGCUCGACCAGUCAGCAAGAAUUUUCCAGAUCCCAUGGAAACAUGCAGCUCGUCAUGGCUGGAGUAUUGACCGUGAUGCUACACUCUUUAGGAGUUGGGCCAUGCACACUGGACGAUACCAGCCGGGCAAAGACAAGCCGGAUCCCAAGACGUGGAAGGCAAAUUUCCGGUGUGCCUUGAAUUCUCUGCCUGACAUCUGUGAGCUGCGGGAGCACAGCAGGAAACGAGGCAGCAAUGCCUACAGAGUGUACAGGAUGCUGCCCAGCACACAAACACACAGACGCAGGAGAGGGCUUCGGUUGUUCAGCAGGCCCCGAGAGAGACAGGCGAGUUUAGGAGGGUGCACACCUGAUGAUACCUGCACCGUGCAUACUUGGCAACCCACCACAAGACCCAUUUCAGACAUACCGCCAAAAGUGGAAACACCUGCAGAAGACGCAUUACACAGCACUCAAACACAUGGGACGUGGGAAGCCAAACCAGAGGACCAGGAACAAAACGAGGCUGUCUUUAAGCUGAUGGACCACUUAAGCAAUGCUGACCUGUGGAACCAGACUGGGGAGCAAAGAGGAUGGAGAACACACACACUGUGGGACCACUGGCACUGUCCUGGUGAUGAUAGCCUGUACUCCCUCCAUACAGAUAACUACAGUGAUCUGUUUGGCCCAAACUACAUCAAGGAGCUCUCUGACUGGUCCACACAUCAGCAAACACUGAUGCCAUAGAGUCAUGAUGCAGCCAACAGUACCUAAAUGUGCAAACCUACUUAAAUAAACAGCUCAUCCUCUUCCUGUUUGUGUAACAGCA